CACAGGGAGCAGGACAAGGAGGCCACCGUCUACAUCGGCAACAUCGACGAGCGCGCGACCCCGGCCAUGGUCUACGAGAUCAUGCUCCAGAUGGGCCCCAUCCACAACAUCCACAUGCCUCGCGAUCGCGUCACCCAGACGCACCAGGGCUUCGGCUUCGUCGAGUUCCGCACCCCCGCCGACGCCGAGUACGCCGCCAACGUCAUGAACGGCAUCAAGCUCUACGGCAAGUCCCUGCGCGUCAACAAGGCCAGCGCCGACAAGCAAAAGGCCGCCGAGGUGGGCGCCGAGCUCUUCAUCGGCAACCUCGACCCCAUGGUCGACGAGAAGAUCCUCUACGACACCUUCUCGCGCUUCGGCCCGCUGCUGAGCAUCCCCAAGGUCGCGCGCGAGGACAGCGGCGCCAGCAAGGGCUUCGGCUUUGUCAGCUACGGCGACUUUGAGAGCAGCGACGCCGCCAUUGCCAACCUCCACGGCCAGUACAUCCUCAGCAAGGAGGUCUCGGUGCAGUACGCCUUCAAGAAGGACGGCAAGGGCGAGAGACACGGUGACCCGGCGGAGCGAGCCCUCGCUGCCCAGGCCAAGUCAAGAAAUCUCCUGCCCGAGGCCCAGCCGCUGCCUCAGGCUUUCCUCAUGAACGGCGCCCCUGCCGCUGCCGCUCCCCCUCCCGUCGCCCCCGCUGCCGCCGCCGUAGUCCCUCCCACCGCUCCGGCCGGCUUCGACUCGAACCCGCUGGCCCCCGGCGUGCCUGCUGGCGUACCUCCACCGCUCAUGGGCACGCCCACGCACGCCAACAUCCCGAGCGGCUUCGCUCCCCCUCCGCCCCGCGGACCUUCUCCCUACAACGCCGGCCCCGGCCACGUCCCCAACGGCUUCGGACGUGGCUCGGCGGCUCCCCUUCCGCCAGCCCCCUCAGGCCUGCCCGCGCGGCCUCCCCAGAUCCAGGGCGGAUACACGAAUCCCGCCGACUUCCAUCCAUCUGCCUUCCGCCCUCCGUCUGGGCCCCCCGGCAGCGCUCCGCCCCCGCAAGGGUUCCCAGCCGUCCCGCCUCCUGGGUUUCCCGUGCCUCCUCCGCCUGGACCUUCGGGCACGCCUCCGGUGCCGCCUCCGUUCAUGCCGCCUCCUGGCUUCCAGCCUCCGCCUGGCUUUGGUCGACGAUAA